AUGGGCAUAAAAUCCCCAUUGCGUAUAUUGCUGAUCGGCAAUGGCGGCCGCGAGCAUGCCAUCGCCUGGAAACUGAGCCAGUCGUCGAAAGUCGAAUCCAUCAUCGCAGUUCCUGGCAACGGAGGCACUGCAACAUGCGCCAAAACAAGAAACGAGACAUCGGUCUCCGCUGAAGACUUCCCAGCCCUCCUGGAGCUAGCACGCAAGGAGAACAUCAAUUACGUUGUUCCGGGACCAGAAGCACCCUUGGUUGCUGGCGCGGUGGACUUCUUCAAACAAGCGGGCAUUCAGAGUUUCGGCCCCUCGAUGGAUGCCGCGCGCAUGGAAGGCAGCAAAACAUUCUCGAAAGACUUCAUGAAGAAAUGGAAGAUUCCCACCGCUGAAUACGAGAACUUUUCCGACUAUAAGAAAGCUCGCGAUUACCUCAAUCAAGUCCAGCACGAUGUUGUUAUCAAGGCUAGUGGCCUCGCCGCAGGAAAGGGUGUUAUUAUUCCCACCACGAAAGAGGAGGCACAGCAGGCUCUCAAGGACAUCAUGUUGAACAAGGAAUUUGGUUCUGCAGGUGACGAGGUGGUAAUUGAGGAGUUCUUGACUGGAGAUGAACUCAGCAUCAUUACUUUCAGCGACGGGCACUCCAUCAAGUCGCUUCCACCUGCGCAGGACCACAAGCGUAUUGGCGAAGACGACACUGGUCUCAACACUGGAGGCAUGGGCUGCUACGCACCAACAAACAUUGCAACACCUACCCUUGUUGCGCAGAUCGACCGCGAUAUCAUCCAGCCGACCAUUGAUGGCAUGCGAAAAGACGAUAUGCCCUUUGUUGGUGUUUUAUUCACCGGACUAAUGGUCACCAAGACUGGUGUCAAGGUUCUGGAGUACAACGUUCGCUUUGGAGACCCAGAAACCCAGACACUUCUUCCACUUCUCUCACAUGAUACUGACUUGGCGGAGAUUAUGGUCGCUUGCUCACAGGGCACACUUGAUAAGGAGGGGUUAGUAAUCAAUGUUGAGCCCAAGUCUAGUACAACCGUUGUCGUGGCUGCAGGUGGCUACCCGGAGAGUUAUGGCAAGGGCGACGAGAUCCAGAUUCAGACACCCCCUGAAGGAAUCAACAUUUUCCAUGCAGGCACCAAACUAUCGAACGGGAAGUUGCAAACCUCAGGUGGUCGAGUCAUCGCGGCCACUGCAACAGGCGAGAACCUGAGGGCCGCUGUUGACAGGGCUUACGAAGGCGUUAAGCUCAUCCAGUUCAGCAAGAUGUAUUACCGAAAGGAUAUCGCCCACCGCGCCUUCCGCCCGACUCAGCAGACCAAAGAGGCGCUCACCUACGCACAGGCUGGAGUCAGCAUUGAGGGUGGAAAUCUGCUUGUCGAACGCCUGAAGAAAGUAACCCGAACUACCGCACGCCCUGGAGCAGACGCACAGAUUGGAGGUUUUGGUGGAGAGGUUGAUCUUGAAAAGGCCGGCUAUUCUACUGGAAUCAUGGUUGGAGCCAUUGAUGGUGUAGGAACAAAGCUUGCGAUCGCCCAAGCCACCGGUAACCACAGCACGGUUGGUAUUGACCUGGUAGCUAUGAACGUCAACGACCUAGUUGUGCAGGGCGCCGAGCCUUUGAUGUUCUUGGAUUAUUACGGUUGCAGCAAGCUGAACCAAGAGUGCGCUGCUAACUUUGUGGAAGGCGUGGCAGAGGGCUGCAGGCAGGCAGGUUGCGCCCUGUCAGGCGGUGAGACAGCUGAGAUGCCAGGCAUGUACCGCGAUGAUGACUACGACGCUGCCGGUGCCGCCAUCGGAAUGAUGCACCCCGAGAAUCGGUUACCGCGUCUUGAUGCCAUGUCCGAGGGCGACAUCCUCAUUGGACUCGCCUCCUCGGGGGUCCACUCCAACGGCUUCUCGCUCGUCCGUCGCAUUAUCGCACGAGAACAGCUCAGCUACGACGCCGCUGCACCAUGGGAUAACAGCGGAGUGACCGUCGGCGCAUCGUUGCUGACACCCACCAAGAUCUACGUGAAGCCCCUCCUCAAAGCCGUCUCGCAACUCAAAGGCCUUGCCCACAUCACGGGUGGCGGUCUAACCGAAAACGUGCCGCGCAUGCUUCCCAAGCACCUCGCGGCCGAAAUCGACGUAACAGCGUGGCAAUUACCCGCCGUUUUCAAAUGGUUGAAGGCCGCUGGUAAUAUUGAGGCAUCCGAGAUGGCGAGGACGUUCAACACGGGUGUGGGCAUGGUGGCGGUGGUCAGUCCACAGGAGGUUGAAAGUGUUCUUCGCCUAUUGCAGACAUACGGGGAGACAGUUUAUACAAUCGGAAAGUUGGUUGCGCGCCCCGAGGGGGUGGAGGGAUGUGUGUUGAAGGGGUUGGAGUCAUGGCAAUAG